AUGAUUCCCCUCACAGUAGAAAUACAUCCAGAAGCAAAAGUAGAAGUAGAAAUACAUCCAGAAGCAAAAGUAGAAGUAGAAAUAUAUCCAGAAGUAGAAGCAGAAAUAGGUAUAAAAAAUCUGAGAAUCGCAAAAAUCGCACCUCUAACAGAACACAUAGACACAGCCCUCAUUCACACAGGAAAUCACAUAAACAUACAGAAUCACACAGAAAAUCACAUAGAGAAUCUAGAAGAUCUCGAGAAAGAAAUAGAGAAAGAACUGGAGAAAGAAAUAGAGAAAGAACGGGAGAAAGAACUGGAGAAAGAGUUGGAGAAAGAACUGGAGAAAGAUUUAGAAAGAUUUAGAAAGAGUUGGGAUUAA